UAAAACGUCACUCUUACAUCGAUUCACAACUGUCUGACUUUGUUUUUUCUGUGUUUUCUGUGCUGAAUAACUAUUUCACGUCUUGUUCUGAAAGAACUCUGUCGGGUUUUUCGUGAGGAUAAAAACAGAUAAAAUCAGCAACCGCCGAAUUUGUCAUCUUUCUGUGUAGCUACUCCGCUGAGUGAGAUGACAAUCUGAGUGACUGCUGUUUAUAUUACCUCAGGCAGCAGAUGAUAUCGCGGAUUAUUUUUUUUUUUUAACUGUGUCGCACUCUGGUGCGGAACGCGCCUCACAGGUGUCACAGCGGAGUGAUAUCGUCAUAAGAAACUAAGACACGUACACGUACAGCGCUUCCUAUAGCAACUAGACCCGUAGUUCAGAAGCAAAAGAGUGACUAAAGAGCGCAUUUGUUCUGACAAAUGCUCUUCUGAAGGGCGUGACCCAGGUGAGGUAACACGCCUUUGAUAGACGGUAAUUUCGCAGGAAUAAUGGCGCAGCGGUUGAUCUGGAUUUAUACUUUGCUGAUCUUAAUCAGCGUGAACCUCUCUAGUCAAAAUUGUAACACGAACAGAGGCUUUACUGGUAAUGAAACUUGGUGUGGCGUGUCGGUGACAGACACUGCUGUUGCUGUACUGAAGAGCAAGCUCACCCAGAUCUUCUUUCCAGUGUUGUACAUCAUCGUCUUCAGUGUGGGCUUGCCGGCCAAUGCUAUGGCCAUCUGGGUGUUCCUCUUCAGAACGAAGAAGAAACAUCCCUCAUCCAUUUUCAUGGCCAACCUCGCACUGGCGGACCUGCUGUUCGUAAUCUGGAUUCCUCUAAAAAUCGCGUACCAUUUUAACGGGAAUAACUGGAUCUACGGAGAAGCCAUGUGCAAAGUCCUAGUGGGUUUUUUCUAUGGGAACAUGUAUUGUUCAACUGCUUUCAUUGCAUGUAUUAGUGUCCAGAGGUACUGGGCCAUAGUACAUCCUCUUUCCCACCAGAAAAGGAACAACAAGUUGGCAGUUGGCGUGUCUGUGUGUGUGUGGUUGGUCGUGUGGAUCAUUACCGUGCCUCUUUAUCUUUAUGACCAGACCGUGAAGGUCACCAACAUGGAUAUUGUUACCUGCCAUGACGUCACUCGCCCCAGCCAGUCACGCUACCCUUCUAUCUACUUCCUGAUUAUGGGAGUUAUUGGAUUCGUAGUUCCCUGCAUAGUGUGUAUAGUUGCAUACGUUCAGAUGCUACGCGCCCUGAAGAGCUCGAUGACAGGUGCAGACAUCGUUCAGAAGCGAAGGAAGGCUGUCAUCCUCAUCGUCACAGUGCUGGUGAUGUUCCUAGUGUGUUUCACCCCGAGUAACAUCAUGGUUAUGGUGCAUUACUCCCUGCUCUUUAUGGGAGUACAGGACAGCGGUUACGGCUUCUACAUUACAACUCUAUGCCUGGCCAGCCUCAACAGCUGCAUCGAUCCAUUUGUAUAUUAUUUCAUCUCAGAUGAGUUCAGAGAACAUGUAAGAAACACGUUUCUUUGUCGCAGCGAGCGCACCGCGCAGAGAAUGCGGGUUUCCUUCAGCGCGCUUAAGUAUUCGAAGAAAAGCAGUACCUACACAUCAGACUCUGGAAACACACAGAGCAGUUCAUUCUAAGACAUCCAGAGAACCGUUUUACAUAUCUAUGCAAUGCUCUGAUGGGCUACUAAACCUUUUGAAAACUAUAUAAGCUCUUGUUAUUUUAUUAUUAAAGGUUGUUAGAGCUGGAGGAACAAGUUUCUGAAACAUGCACUGAGUUAUUUUCGACACUUAACGUAAUUCAGUCAAAAGUAAACAUCUUUUUUUCGUAUCUUGGUAAAGAUCUUACAAGACCUUAAAAGGGCAUUCAAUGAUUCUUACUUCUUGGAACUACAAAUUAUCCUCCUGUUUGAUGACGCAGUCAUGGAAAUGUCAAAGUGUUGUUAUUAUAGUGUUGCCAUUACGUCACUAAUAACAGGUUCCCUUAAUUUGGGUUUUAAGACGUGAAAUCUGUCUGGUCUGAUGGGAUUUCUCAGAAUCCCCUCUCAAAUGACCUUUAAUCCAGUUCUGUGUUAAUUGAGACUAAGAAGUUGACUGAAUAACUGGAGCUGUAAUAUAUUUUGAGCAUCUGUUACAGAAACCCUUUUGCAUUUAUGCCUGUGUGCAUAAAUGCAUAUGCAGGUAUUUUUAAAAGAAUGUGAAAUGUUGCGUGCAUGACCAGUUUUAGUUGUGUGAAUGUAUAACCACCAAACACAACCUCAUUCACAUGUUCUGACAUACUAAAUGCUAUAAAUGCUGCCUUAUUUUUGUACACCCAUGCCUCACUGGUGGUUUUCAAAGCACAUAGGUUUUAAUGUGUUAUCUGUGGUGUACUUUGUAUUUGUCUUUUUUUUUAUGAUCUGCAUUUGUGUAAAUAAAUUUGUCUUUCCAUGUCUGCCUAUGA